CCACUUCUCCACACACUACACUUCUUUUCACUGACCCAUUGAUCAGUCUUAUUUCCAACCCCCAAGGUAGCAGUAGUAGUGGUAGUAAAUGUAAACAGAGACACUGAAGUAGUAUAGUGAGUGAGACAGUAACAAAGAGUCUCUCUCAUCAUAUAAAAACAGAGUCCUGUUUUGAUGUAUGGCUUUUUGGGUAGUUGAUUGAGUCUCUUGAGAACUGUCGCUUUUUUUGAUCAGUUUGUUUCAUGUUUGAAGGGUUUUGAAUGUUGGGUUUUGGUUUUGAUUCAUUGUCAGCUGUGAUGGACAUGUUGUAUGCUCCAAAUUCUGAUCUGGGUCAUUCGAUUCCUCUGAAUUUGAGCUACCAAUUUGAGCCACAAUGCAUUCGGAGUUCAGACCAUGGUGUGAGUUUCAAUCACUUCGAGUCCUCCAGCUUUUUCUCAAUCAUCUCUGUUUGAAAAUUUCGGAGUGCGAUGAUCAUUUUCAAUUACACACAAAGCCCCAUAUAAAUUCAGAGAAUUCACACAGGAUAGUCAUACAUUACAUAGUAUUUAGAGAGAGAGAGAGAGAGAGAGAGAGAGACAGAGAAGGGUGGGUGAGUUGGAGUUGAACAAAACAAAUUAGAGAACUGGAAGAGGAGAGAGAAUGUUGGCUGGGCGUUCUUCUGCAUUGUUGUCCCCAAGGCAUAGAUUGAGGAGCGAAGCAUCUGCACAGUUUCAAGCUUGUCAUUUUCCUUCAAUGAGUACACAAAGACUUGAAUUGCCAUGUAGUUUCCCAAGAAAAGACACCUCAAGAUCACAACCCAUUAGGCCAGUGGGCCUUUCUGUUGAGAAGCCACUCGAAUCGAAGACCAGUAGUUGUUCUCUGAAGCACAACAUUAUCGAAGGUAGGAGAGAAAUCAAAGAUGAAUUUUGGGAGAAAGGUAAGAGCUUGAAGAGGUUUGCUGAGCAGAGCUCUUUGGAUGGUGAAGAUGAUGAUCAGUACUGCAUAAAUAGGGCUAAGAGGAAAAGAGGCAAUGGAAAAUCAGAGGAUUGUCAUGAAUCUGGUGAGGAACUGAGUUUAGGCCAACUGGGUAUUGGGAAAUUUUGGUUUCAGCCUCAAUAUCCUUUUCCUGUGACAUGUUCAGGAGAGGAAGAGAGGGUUUGUUUUGUGCCCAGUGAUGUUAUUUCACCAUCUUUGCCUCUAUCAAUCGCUCCGUGGGUUGAAUCUGUUGAGACGACGAGCCAUGGGCCAGCUCAGGAGGCGUCAGGAUCGAGUACUUCAUCGGAGAGUAGUCAUAGUUUGGCCCUUAGUCUAAAUGACAACUUUCCAGGACAUGAAACAGGUAAUGGGUCCGGGGCCUCGGGGCUACCUAACCCAAGUGAAGGCGCAGAGAUGGUUGUUUCAGGUGACAAUGACAACUGCGGGGAUGAGGAGAGUGAUGGGUUUGAGCUCAUCCGCUUACUAAUGGCUUGUGUCAAAGCAAUUGGCUCAAAAAACAUUGCAGAAAUUAACCAUUUCAUCGCUAAACUUGGUGAUCUUGCUUCCCCAAGAGGACCUCCCAUAAGCCGUGUCAUUGCUUACUUCACCGAAGCUUUAGCUCUGAGAGUUACUAGACUUUGGCCAUAUGUUUUUCACAUCAAUACCCCUCGGGAGCUUGAUCGGGGAGACGAUGAUGGUGGCAAUUCAUUAAGGCUUUUGAACCAGGUGAGCCCAAUUCCAAAGUUCAUUCACUUCACUUCAAAUGAAAUUCUAUUGAGGGCUUUUGAAGGGAAAGAUAGGGUUCACAUCAUAGAUUUCGACAUUAAGCAAGGACUUCAAUGGCCUAGCUUGUUUCAGAGCUUGGCCUCUAGGACUAACCCUCCAAGCCAUGUUAGAAUCACCGGUAUUGGUGAAUCCAAGCAAGACCUAAUUGAAACAGGAGAUAGACUUGCUGGAUUUGCCGAGGCAUUGAACCUUCCUUUCGAAUUCCAUCCAGUUGUCGACAGGUUAGAAGAUGUGAGGCUGUGGAUGCUUCAUGUCAAGGAGAAAGAAAGUGUUGCUGUGAAUUGCAUUUUUCAACUGCACAAGAUGCUUUAUGACGGUAGUGGAGGCGUGCUUAGAGACUUUUUGGGUCUAAUUCGAAGCACAAACCCAACAAUCGUUGUUAUGGCAGAGCAAGAAGCAGAGCACAAUGAUACCAGUUUGGAAGAAAGACUUUCGAAUUCAUUGAAAUACUAUUCUUCAAUUUUUGACUCCUUCGAUUCUAGCCUUGCAUUGGACAGCCUAGUUAGGAUCAAGGUAGAGGAAAUGUUUUCCAGAGAGAUUAGGAAUAUAAUCGCGUGUGAAGGAAGAGACAGGCUUGAAAGGCACGAGAGGUUUGCGAAGUGGAGGAAUUUGAUGGAGCAAGGAGGGUUCAGAUGUAUGGGAAUUAAUGAGAGAGAAUUGCUUCAGAGCCAAAUGUUAUUGAAGAUGUACUCUUGUGAGAGUUAUAGUGUGGAAAAGCAAGGACAAGACGGAGAUGCUGUUAUGCUAAGUUGGUUAGAUCAGCCUCUUUUCACUGUCUCAGGAUGGGCACCAGUUGAUGUUGCAGCCAGCUCUUCAUCAUACUCACAGCCAACUUGACUUCUGCAAACGUUCCAUUGUUUUCAUUCCGUUCUCACAUACAGGAACAUAUAUUAAAUUCUUUGUAGGUAGAUAAAUCUUUCGACAUUCUUUCAUUCUUUUGUUGCAGAUAAGAUUAGAGGUAUCAAUUCUUCUCAGGACAAAUUUCUAGGCGUUCAGUCGUAGUUUUUGACUCUCACUUUGUGUUUUAUUCUUUGAUUCUUUCUUUAUGUAUCCUUUCUUAUUUGGUCCAUUUUUUA